UUAAGAUAGCAUGCCGAUGUUUCCAAACCAGAACAGAUUUGUGUGCAACAAAGCGGUCUGAAUAGAAAAAUUCUACUGGUUUAUUGACAAGCAUUGUCUGUUCUAAAUCUUUGCUACUGUAUAUGCAACAACAGAGAACGUAUGAAAGAAGUUUGUUAUCACAUAUGAGAGAAAAAUGGCACAGCGUUACUCUAAUGAACUGUCUGAUAUAGCUGCAAGCUCUGACUUUAUGGGAAGCUUCGACUCAAAUAAGAAUGUUUGCAUGUAUGUGCCAGACUGGACUUCCAGUGGCCAAGAGGAGAAUUUCCAACUCUCCACUCUAAGUAGAAGUUUGAGAGGUUCAGUUGUCAUUAGGGAGGCAAUCACAGAUGACAUGAUUAACGAUCAGUUGAAUUUACAAAGUCUAAUCACUGCAUGUGAACUGCCUGACAAAUUAAAAACAGAGCUGAUGGCGUUGCAAACAAUGAACCCAACUCUAGACGUAUGUGUCUCUAAAACUGGGAAAAUUUCCAUCAAAUAUGAUGCUAGCAAGACCUGUGUCUCUUUCAGGCAUCUGUGUCAUUUGGUUUUUCAAAUCCCUAGAGAAAUGUGCACAAUUCAAGUGACAAAGGAAACUUAUGACAAAUUAGAAAAGAAACAAAAAGAUGAAAGGGGUUGUCUCAUUCGAUACCGUAGGCACGUUCUACAAGGACCAUACUAUGUAAAGUGCUGGAUUCACAGAUGCCUUGUUAUAAUAUUGUCAUAUGGAGAUAAAUCAAACACCAAUUGCGAAGCGCUUUUGAAAUGGAUAAGGCCUACUUUGAAACAUUCCAAAAAAGACCAAAAAUCACGAAAAGAUGAAACACAGGAAGAAGUGCUAAAUAACGACACAGAACCAACGGAUACAAACAACAGAAAUUACAAAACCAAGUUGUACGUCGAAUCAAACGAAGCGGAAGUAAACGAGAUUCCCAGACACGUGUACAAGAAAAUGGUUGCCCGCAAAAUUCAAAGUGUAUGUGUCCCUCUUGAAGGUCCAGAGACAGAUCUAAUUACUCAAUUUGUUCAAUACUUUUCCAAAAAAGCAAAGGAAGGAAAUAGUAAUAAAAGACUAUUUCUUGAAAUGUGCAUCUGUGUGGAGUCUGGAGAGGAUACGAGAUUCCGUGAAGGAAGAACCGCAUUAGAAAAGGCAAUUAAUCAAAAAAUGUUCAAGUGUUUAAAACUUUCAGAGUUCGGUCUUGAAGAUAAUUGUCAUGAUUCAUUGUCACCAAUUGAAGUAGAAAUAGGUACAGAUUCUAUAGGAAAAGUUGCCGAAAAGGUCGAUGUUCUCGUUAACUCUAGCAGUCCGAGCCUUGAUUUAGCUAAGGGAUUUGUAGAAAAGCAGAUUUGUGAACUCGGCGGAAAAACAAUUCAAGAAGAAUGUAGAGAAGAAAAGAAAAGGGGCACAUUUACCUAUGGAGAAGUCUGCAAAACCAGUGCUGGUCAACUACAAUGUAGAAAAAUAUACCAUAUAGCCCUAUAUGAGCAAUGGAUUUCAACGUGUAAAUUGUCAUUAGAGAUCUUAGCUGCGUCAGUUGUACAGUGUUUGAAUGAAUUGGAGAAGGAUGGUUUUAAAAGCAUUGCUUUCCCGGCAUUAGGAACUGGCAAGUUGGGUUACCCUUACUGUCCUGUAGCCAAUACCAUGGUUACUGUGAUACAUGCAUACGGAAAGAAAAAUCCUGAUACAAAAAUUGAGAGGGUCCAUUUUUAUCUUUACUCAAAAGAUGAAAUUUGCCAAACAUCUUUUAGGAGAGCUAAAAAAUUGUAUGAAUUUUUUCUACAAUCAAAUUCAGAGGACUUCAUUGAACGAUCUUACAAACAGCUUUGGAUGCCAAAGGAAAAUAUGACCGUACAGAUUUGGUCUGAGCUGCCUCCAUCUUGCACAACCUGGAGAAGCCAUAUAGAAGCGUAUUUUAUAUUCGUAGAAGGAAUUCUCAGUGAAACUUAUCGUAGACGAUUGUAUAAUUAUGGCGGAUUUAUAGUCACUUUUCCGGACUGGGAUGAAAGCAAAGAACUUGUAAAAGAUCUGGUUUUGACAAAUGGAUUGUGUGCAGUUCUAGUUGACAUUAAAGAUGCAAAAGUCAAAGACUGUGUUGCAUACCAGAAGAACAUAGUCGACUGCUUUGAGAAUAUCCCAUGUGUUGAGCUACUGAAAAUUGUGGUGUCCAAAGACAUGUUCGAGAAGCUGAAUGCAAAGAAUUAUGAGAUUAACAUUCAUCGAGUAUCAAAAAUUGAUGUUUCUGUGUGGGGAAACUGCUGCAAAGAAGUCGCCAAAGAUGUAAAAUCCUUAUUUUAAUAAAAUAUGAAGAAACAAAUCUCUGAUUUUUUAAAUUUGAGAAAUGUAGAGCACCGAGGGCGGACAUUUUCUACACAAUAUCUUAAUAUUAAUAACCUUUUACAACAUUUCGACAUGUACAGCGUUGUUUCAAGAUCUGAUGCUCUGCGCAAUGAAAUAAACUUUUUCUAGCAGUAUCAAAUUGACAAAAAGGAAUUUGUUGAAUUAUUUGAUAUUUGAAGCAAUUCAAUUUCUCUUUAGCAUAACAUUAUCAAAUCAGUUAAUUUAGCAUGUCAUAUUUAAACCUAAAAAUAUACCUUCAUUCUGAAACUAUGCAUUUUAAAUGUUAUUGCUUGAGCGAUAUUAUUUUUUUUAAAUAUCCGCACGAUAUUUUUUCGCACAUUUAAAAAACAUGUCUAUUUUAUGAACAAGAGUCUUUUGUUCUAAUUUUGAUUGCCAUAUUUUUUGUUAUUUUUAAAAAGACAAUAUUUCUGCAAGAUAUAGUUCUAAACAUAAAAAUCAAACUCUAAUCACUUCUUACGCAGCCUUGUAAAAAAUACUUUGUGAUGUUCUCAGAAUUAUGUAAACUUACUCAU